CCUGCACUGCAGAGUAACGGGAGAAGCAGUGCUUUCCCAGCCUGGGGCAGCACGCUCUGCACAUCCCACGCACACUCAUGACCCCUGAAGAUUGACCACUAAGAGAAAAUGCCUUUAGUCAAGCGGAAUAUCGAACCACGGCAUUUGUGCCGAGGAGCAGUUCCAGAUGUGGUGACCAGUGAGCUGGAGUGUGUCACCAACAGCACCCUAGCUGCCAUCAUCAAACAGCUGGGGAGCCUCAGUCGUCAUGCAGAGGACAUCUUUGGAGAGCUCUUCAACGAAGCCAAUAGUUUCUACAUGAGAAUGAAUUCCCUGCAGGAGCGGGUGGAUUUGCUGGUUGUUAAAGUAACCCAGUUAGACUCUACAGUGGAAGAAGUGUCCUUGCAAGACAUUAACAUGCGGAAGGCAUUUAAAAGCUCUACGGUGCAAAACCAGCAAGUGGUGUCUCGCAAUUCCAUUCCCAACCCUGUGAUGGAGAUGUAUCAGCGAUGUGAUAAGCCACCACCGCUCAACAUCCUUACGCCUUACAGAGAUGAUAAAAAAGAUGGGCUCAGAUUCUAUACGGAUCCAUCUUACUUCUUCAACCUGUGGAAGGAAAAGAUGUUGCAGGCCACUGAAGACAAGAGGAAGGAGAAGAGGAGACAAAAAGAGCAAAGAUUGGUGGAGGAUCCUACUCGAGAAGUGAAGAAGGUGCGGAAAGCACGGAACCGCAGGCUCGAAUGGAACAUGAUGGCUUAUGAUAAGGAGUUCAGACCCGAUAACAGGUUCUCACCAUCUCCAUAUCAUGUGACUUCAUCCGAGGGAUCACUGUCCCCAGAUACUAGGCAGGUUCCACACACAAUGUGUCAAUGUGCAAGCUGGAAAAAAUACCAAAUAAAUGGGUAUAGCAGUGGUCUUUUUAGAAAAAGUUGGCUGAAUUUGUUUAAUUCUCAAAUGAUGGCUCCUGCCCCUCACCUGACGCCAGAAAACAAGGAGAUUGUCUUAAUGGCCAGUCAGGCCCAAGAGCAUUGUUACCGUACUUCGGCUCCUGGUAGCCGACAGAAUAGCUUAAACAGGGCUCAGCAGGCUCAUGUACCACAGCCACCAGAGGCCAUCCUGAACGGGCCACGUCCCCAAGUGAUGAAGGAUUAUGGUGGUCAGCAGAUGCCAAUUACUGAAUAUUUUGUGCCUCCUGCUCCCCCUCCUCCACCUCCCAUGAUCCCCUCUGCCCAAACUGCCUUUGACAGCCCCAUUUCAGCUCCUACUCCUGUGGCACCCAACACUGUUGCAUCUCUGUCUUCAUAUACACCUGUCCCACCUCCAGCACCCCCCUGUCCAUAUUCUAUCUCUCCUCCUCAAGCUGGCCCAAUGGGACCCCCUGUGGCUCCCCCUCCUCCUCCUCCUGGACCCCCAGCUCUCUCUGCAUCCCCUGCUCAUUCAGCUUCCCCUACUGUUGUCACCGCGGAAGCAAGAAAACCUCAGAUACCCCUCAUCCCUAUGAGCGACGCCAGGAGCGACCUCCUGGCUGCUAUUCGCAGAGGUAUCCAGCUCCGGAAGGUCCAAGAGCAGCGUGAACAGGAGGCCAAGAAAGAGCCAGUUGGAAAUGACGUGGCUACCAUUCUAUCUCGCAGGAUUGCUGUGGAAUACAGCGAGUCGGACGACGACUCCGAACUAGAAGAAAACGAAUGGUCUGAUUAAGUCAAAGUCAUCUUUCUGCACCAUACUCUCCUCUACCUUAU